GUGUAGAUGUGAGGAAUUCAGCAGCGGGGCGACUUUUCUCAGCUCGGAAAACUCGCUAUCUGUGAGUAGCUGCCACCUAAAGCGACGGAUAUAAGGAGGACGGAUGCGAAAAUGCGAGAAGAAACCCGGGAAGAGAGUUUAUUAAAGAUUCAGCGCGGAAGCUCGGGGCUGUUCGCUCUUUCGGAUGACUUGUGGCAGCGGCGAGGAUAAAACCGCACUUCUAACGGGAUUCAGACGUCGGUGAAUGGGGUGAAGCCAAGCGGAUUUCGUUGUUUAAAAGUUUGAAGGAGGUAAAAAAAAAAAAAGAAAAGAACAAAGAUAGGGCGACCCCGCGGAGGCUGUAACCCAGAGGGAAAGAAGGGGAGGAGAGGGGAGUGAAGAAAACGCCCCGCCGCUGCUGCCUGUUGCUGCUAUCUCCAAAUUCAAACUUCAGAGCCGAGCAGCAGCAGGAGCAGGAAAAAAAAUGCAUCUUUCACUUAAAUGGAGGUGAUCGUCCGUUAGCUACUUCCACGGAAGCCUCGUUCACUCUUCAGGUUGACGUUUUUUUUCAUGGAAACGCCGGGAGUUUAAGUUUUUAAUUUUUAUAUUUUUUUUUUUUUUUUUGUAAGCUUUGGGAGCAUUUUUCUCCCCGUUGUGCACACUGUUCCUGCUGGACGCGAUCUGGGUGGGCUGAGAGCCUCAAGGCUGCUCCGCCGGGCCUACGGCCAUUAGCCUGGAACAAAAGAAGGCUCACAUGUAAACUCCAAAACAGUUGAGGGAAUACAGAAAAGUUCAAUAACAUAAAGAGUAGUUCAUUUUUUUUUUUUUUUAAGUUUUGGAGCACUUGGACGCUGCAAGCAUGUCGCAGGGCGCCGAGAGGAGGAUGGAAACCCGGCUGAAGAAGCUGGAGGACAUGAUCAGAGACCCCAGAUCUGCUAUAAACCUGGAAAGUUUGCUGGACUCAAUCAACGCGCUGGUUUUGGACCUGGAUUAUCCGGCGCUACGCAAGAACAAGAACAUAGAGACCUUCCUAAUCAGAUAUGAAAAAGUCAUCGGGCAGGUUCGAGACCUCCAAAUGAAGUCUGAGGACUUUGACCGGGUGAAAGUCAUCGGCCGCGGGGCGUUUGGGGAAGUUCAGCUGGUCCGACACAAAGCCUCGCAGAAGGUCUACGCCAUGAAGCUGCUGAGCAAGUUUGAGAUGAUCAAGCGCUCAGACUCUGCAUUCUUCUGGGAAGAGAGGGACAUCAUGGCCUUCGCCAACAGCCCCUGGGUUGUGCAGUUGUGCUGCGCCUUCCAAGAUGAACACUACCUCUACAUGGUGAUGGAGUACAUGCCGGGAGGCGACCUUGUCAACCUCACCAGCACCUACGACGUGCCGGAGAAGUGGGCCAAGUUCUACACGGCGGAGGUGGUGAUGGCCCUGGACGCCAUCCACUCCAUGGGCUUCAUCCACCGCGACGUGAAGCCGGACAACAUGCUGCUGGACCGACACGGACACCUGAAGCUGGCCGACUUCGGCACCUGCAUGAAGAUGGACUCGACCGGCAUGGUGCACUGCGACACAGCUGUGGGGACUCCGGACUACAUCUCUCCCGAGGUGCUGAAGUCCCAGGGAGGAGACGGAUUUUAUGGGAGAGAAUGCGACUGGUGGUCCGUAGGGGUCUUCAUUUUCGAGAUGCUUGUCGGUGACACGCCGUUCUACGCCGACUCGCUGGUGGGAACCUACAGCAAGAUCAUGGACCACAAGAACUCCCUCAACUUUCCUGAUGAUGUGGAGAUCUCCAAAGAUGCCAAGAACAUCAUCUGUGCCUUCCUCACUGACAGGGAGGUGCGGUUGGGCAGAAAUGGUGUGGAGGAAAUCAAGCGACAUCCAUUCUUCAAAAAUGACCUGUGGACUUUUGACACCAUCAGAGACGCCGUUGCCCCCGUGGUCCCAGAGCUGAGCAGCGACAUCGACACCAGCAACUUUGACGAGAUCGAGGAUGACAAAGGCGACGUGGAAACCUUCCCCACGCCCAAGGCCUUUGUUGGAAAUCAGUUGCCGUUUGUUGGCUUCACCUACUUCAAAGAAGACCAGCUGCUGAACGCUUCCAACAACUCGGCAGUGCCUCACGAGAACUCAAAAGGAGAGUCGGUGGUGCUGCAGAAGAAACUCCGCGAUCUCGAGGUGCAAAUUAAUAAUAGCAAACAAGUUAAAGAUGACCUGGAGCACAAACACAGAACCACCGUCGCCCGCCUGGAAAAAACUUCCAAAGAGUUGGAGGAGGAGGUGAGCAGCAGGAAGAGCCUGGAGUUGAGUCUGAGGCAGCUGGAGAGAGAGAAGGCCCUGCUGCAGCACAAGAGCCUGGAGAGCCACCGCAAGGCUGAGAGCGAGGCCGACCGGAAGCGCUGUCUGGAGAAUGAAGUGAACAGUCUUCGAGACCAGCUGGAUGACAUGAAGAGAAGAAACCAAAACUCACACAUUUCCAAUGAGAAGAACAUUCACCUGCAGAAACAGCUGGAAGAGGCCAACACGUUGCUGCGAGCCGAGUCGGAGGCGGCCACCAGGCUCCGCAAAGCGCAGACGGACAGCAGCAAGCAGCUGCAGCAGCUGGAGGCCAACGUGCGCGAGCUGCAGGACAAGUGCUGCCUGCUGGAGCGCAGCAAGCUGAGCCUGGAGAAGGAGUGCAUCAGCCUGCAGGCGGCGCUGGAGGCCGAGCGCAGGGAGCACAGCCAGGGCUCGGAGACCAUCACCGACCUGCUGGGUCGUAUCUCUGGCCUGGAGGAGGAUGUGCGUCAGCAGCGACAGGCUCUGUCCAAAGCCGACAUGGAGAAGAGGCAGCUUCAGGAGAAACACACUGACCUGGAGAAGGAGAAGAGCAACAAAGAGAUUGAUUUGACCUACAAGCUGAAGGUGCUGCAGCAGGAGCUGGAGCAGGAGGAGGCCUCUCAUAAGGCCACCAGGGCGCUGCUGGCAGACAAGAGCAAGAUCAAAGUCACCAUCGAGGGCGCCAAGUCGGAGUCCAUGAAGGAGAUGGAGCAGAAGCUGGCAGAGGAGCGAGCAGCCAAACUGCGGCUGGAGAACAGGAUACUGGAGCUGGAGAAGCACAGCAGCAUGAUGGACUGCGACUACAAGCAGGCCCUGCAGAAGCUGGAUGAGCUGCGCAGACACAAGGAUCGCCUCACCGAGGAGGUGAAGAACCUGACGCUGAAGAUCGAGCAGGAGACGCAGAAGCGCAGCCUGACUCAGAACGACCUGAAGGCCCAGAACCAGCAGCUCAAUAUCCUGAAGACCUCGGAGAAGCAGCUCAAGCAGGAAACCAACCACCUGCUGGACAUCAAGCGCAGCUUAGAGAAACAGAACCAGGAGCUACGGAAAGAAAGACAGGACACCGACGGACAGAUGAAGGAAUUACAGGACCAGUUAGAGGCGGAGCAGUAUUUCUCUACUCUCUAUAAGACUCAGGUCCGUGAACUGAAGGAGGAAUGUGAGGAGAGGAACAAACUCUACAAAGAAGUGCAGCAGUCUCUGCAGGAACUGCAGGAGGAGAGGGACUCUCUGGCAGCUCAGCUGGAGAUCACGCUGACGAAGGCCGACUCGGAGCAGCUGGCACGCUCCAUCGCCGAGGAGCAGUACUCAGACCUGGAGAAGGAGAAGAUAAUGAAGGAGCUGGAGCUGAAGGAGAUGAUGGCCCGCCAUCGUCAGGAGCUGGCCGAGAAAGACAUCACCAUCAGUUCGCUGGAGGAAGCAAACAGGACCCUCACCAGUGACGUUGCCAACCUGGCCAACGAGAAGGAAGAGCUCAACAACAAGCUGAAGGAUGCGGUCGAUGAAACCGACAAGUCCAAGGACUGGGAGCAACAGAUCAGCCAGAUGAAGCAGGCGUUCGAGAAGCAGCUCCAGUCAGAGAGGACACUGAAAACUCAGGCCGUCAAUAAGCUGGCCGAGAUCCUGAACAGGAAGGAAAUGCGCGUUGGAGGCAGCCGCCGUGGCAACGACACGGACAUGCGGCGGAAGGAGAAGGAGAACAGGAAGCUGCAGCUGGAGCUGAGGUCCGAGAAGGAGAAGCUCAACAGCACCAUCAUCAAGUAUCAGAAGGAGAUCAAUGAGAUGCAGGCACAACUGGCGGAUGAGAGCCAGAUGCGCAUCGAGCUGCAGAUGGCUCUGGACAGUAAGGACAGCGACAUCGAGCAGCUGAGGAAUCUCCUGCAGUCGCUCAGUGUUCAGUCGAUGGACUCGGCCAGCGUCAGCAGCGGGCCGGAGUUCGACGCCGACGACGCCUACACAGAAACGCGGCUGGAGGGCUGGCUCUCUCUCCCCGUCAGAAACAACACCAAGAAGUUCGGAUGGGAAAAGAAGUACGUCGUAGUGAGCAGCAAAAAGAUCCUCUUCUACAAGAGCGAGCAGGACAAAGAGCAGUCCAUCCCAUACAUGGUGCUGGACAUAGAUAAGCUCUUCCACGUGAGGCCUGUGACUCAGACAGAUGUGUACCGCGCAGACGCCAAAGAAAUCCCCAGGAUAUUCCAGAUUCUUUACGCCAACGAGGGCGAGAGCAAGAAGGAGCCCGAGUUCCCGGUGGAGCCGCUGGCCAUCGGGGAGAAGUCCAGCUACAUCUGCCACAAAGGCCACGAGUUCAUCCCCACGCUGUACCACUUCCCCACCAACUGCGAGGCCUGCACCAAGCCGCUGUGGAACAUGUUCAAGCCGCCGCCCGCGCUGGAGUGCAGGCGCUGCCACAUCAAGUGUCACAAGGACCACAUGGACAAGAAGGAGGACAUCAUCGUCCCCUGCAAAGUGAACUACGACAUCUCCACGGCCAAGAACCUGCUGCUGCUGGCUCUGUCCCAGGAGGAGCAGCAGAAGUGGGUGAGUCGGCUGGUCAAGAAGAUCCCCAAGAAGCCCCCGCCGGCCGAGCAGUUUGCACGGUCCUCGCCGCGCGCCUCCAUGAAGGUGCAGCCCAGCCAGUCCAUGAGGAGGCCGAGCCGACAGCUUCCCACCAGCAAGAGCAGGUCAAACGGCUUCAAACUGAGGCGAGAAGAAUCCGGCGCCCAGAGGAACAAAUGACGGCCGCGUUUCUCACCGUGCGCCUAACCCUGCUGGUGAGCGCGGUGCGUCUCCUCCUCAGACUGUGGACAGAACUCUGUCAGUAGAACAGCACGCCGGACUCCUCACGUCUUCCCCACAACCCGCAUCGCUCUUGUCCCGCUUUUCGCCCGCCGGAGUCACCGAGUCCCGUCUGUCCCCCUUCUUCUUCUUCCCGUCGGAGUUGUUUGGAUCACCUCCCGACCCCGGACACACCGCAGACACGGCACCCCGAAGGCUCCUCUUCAGGGGGCCCUUGGCUCAUGCAAUUCCCCGUCUCCGAGGCUCUGGAGUCGUUCACCGAGCUCCCGCAAGAACACAGGAGAGCACUUAUGAAGCGAGUGGGGGAGAUAUACACUUACCUCAACGAUUCGCGCCAGGACACACUGAUUGAAGGACCCAGGAGGGAGAAUCCUCCUCACCACCUUUGGGGAUUCUUGUGGCCAAAAAAAAAAAAAAAAAACAGAAGAAAGACUUUUUUGUGUUUAUUGAUUGUGGACAAUAUGAAGGGUUUCAUUGGG